CGCCGCAACCGACUUGCAAUACCCCGUCGCAUGACAGACUCGUCAGCUCCCUAGCCAUUCAGACAGGCUGGCACUGGUCGAGAGCGUCCCAUAAUACUUAUCGAAAAUGCUUGCCAGCUAAGUUGUAUGAGCUGUUGAAAUAAUAAUUCUCUUAAUCGACCUCACCCGCCCACGACUACGAAACGACUCGUUAUGGCCUCACGAUUUCCACGUUCAAAUCUUCACCAACGCGACCCCCGCGCCUCGUCUUCCCUUUUCGACUCUUAUGGCGGCGAUUCUCGGCCGGCCAGUCGAUCUCCUGGCCGCAUAGGAGGUUACGGAUACGGAGGCUAUACUCCACCAGCUGGCGAGAGCCUGGGGACUGGCGGACCUACAGCAGGAUACAGGACAGCAACUCCCAACAAGAAGGGCCAUUACUCGGAUGCUGUCCUCGACCAUUUGGAGUCGCAGAACGAUGCAGAAGUGGAAGGAAUUAGUGCGAAGGUCAAGAUGUUGAAAGAUCUUACCGUCGCCAUCGGCGAUGAAAUCCGGGAUACCUCGGCGAUUUCCGACCUCAACAACACCUUCGAAAAUACCAGAGUGCGUCUCCGCGGUAACAUGACCCGUAUGCUGCGGAUGGCGGAGCGUACCGGUGUAGGCUGGCGAGUCUGGCUGGCCUUCUUCCUGGUCGUCUUUUUGCUAUUCGCAUAUGUGUGGAUAACCUAGUCGACGGGCGCAGGCACGCUUCUCAGAACCACUCCUUCCCAACAGCUUCCCGAGCAUCAGAACCCAUUUGUGGUAUCUCCGCUUGUGCUACAGAUACUUGUUCUUGCUCAGUAUGCGCUCCAUCAUUCGACGUCCCCUGUGUUCGGC